UUGUUUUAGCUCCUGGCUACAAUAAGAGGAGGUGGAACGACUUUGCUCGGAUUUCUUGGAAAAUGGUGGCUUUUCAAAAGAAAAAAAGGGAGGUAUUGAAGUUCAAAGAUCUCAAAAGUUGGAAUAAGGCCUCUUUGUUGAGCACUGUUACGAGAACACAAGUUGUCAUAACUCGUAAUAAUUAGGAAAAUUAUCGGUUUGUGUGUUAUUUCUAUUCUAUUAGUUCAUAUUAAUAUUGUUUAUUUGUUCUAGUAGGAUUUGGAUUGCAUUUUAGUAUUUGUUUAGGAAAAAUAGGUUGUAGUUUACUCCUAAUUAUUACCAGAAGGAAGAAAACCGCAUUUACCUUUUGUUCGAAAGGAGAGUGUCAAACCGGGGUGCUCAAUUAGUAUGAAAUUGUCCGCUUUGGACCAAGCUCGCAUGGAUUUACUUUUGGGUGUCCUCCCCAAAAGGCCUCGUACUAAUUGGGUUUGGUGGACACUAAUAUACAAAUGUUCGUUCCCUUGUAUAACUGAUAUGGUACUCGGAUUUGUCCCAUGACGAGGGAUAUGCCGAAACGGUUGAUCCUUGUUAGGAAGAAUAUGUUGUACUUGGGUUGGGUGUGUGAGGUUAUGAGCCCUACAUUCUCAACUAUACCAAAAUCAUCAUCUUCGAAUCAUCGUUAUCCCUUCCCAGGAUGCAACAUGAUAUGAUUCCAUAAGAAUCAAUUAAUUAAUUAAUCAUAUCACUAUUUAAUCUAAUACACAUCUGACACAUUUUUCUAAUAACUAAAUCUACCUUUCUUUUGUGCGUGUUCAUGUCCAAAUCUAAUUAUAUAUGGUGCUUACAUCAUUGUUUGUAAAUACGUGUGUAUCAAGUUUUUCAUCGUCUAAUCUGAGUGUUGGGCAUUCCGUAAUCAUUUGAAGAAUGUAAGAUAUCUUAUUUAUAUUCAUCCAACAACAAUUGCAAAUUGCGCCCCACCACUCGAUCGGAUGACUGAAGACGAUAUAAGCACAUCUUUAUGAUGAUUAGGGAUGGCUGGGAAGCAGUGCGGUCAGGUCUGAGAUCGGAUCAUACUACAUACGGUCUAUGGUUCAGAUCGGGAAGCUAGAGUAUAUGUUUGAAACUUGAGUCUCGUUAAAUAGUUGGGAGAGUGGUCGAGUGAGCUAUUAACACAAAUUGGAAAGUGGAUUGGAUUCAACGUUUGGUAUGGUAAACCGUGAUCUAAACUAAACCAUAUCAAGAAAUCAAUACAUCCUAUAAUACAGAUCAUGGAACAGAUCAGACCAAUCUCAACGAUCUAUGUUUCGAACUCGUAGGGGAGGUGGUUGCGUUUGCUUUGCCUACUUUUCUUGAAUGCGUCGCCACCUAAGAUUCCCAAAGUGUCACCUCCAAACGUGUCACCUCCAAACAUUUCUUGGUUACACGUAAACUCCUAUAAAUAACCCUCUUCCCCGCCAACUGUUGGAUCAUCAAGCAAAAAACCAGCAACUUCAUUCCAUCCCAUUGCUCUCUGGCUGUGUGUGUGUGUUGUUAUUAUUCGUUCCAAAAGAAGGUAUUCCUUUCCAUCACUUGUUCGGUUAUAUGCUCUUAAGUUUUGGCUGUUUCUUCUCUUCUGAAAACUAUGAACAAGUUCAUCCUACUCACCGUUGAUGCUUUUUCCGUUGCUUUCAUGCUUUGAACCUGUAGUUGGUUGAAAAUUUCAAUGUAUACUCAACCCUCUUAGCAUAUUCCCUUCACAUUAUUUCACAAUUUAAGCACUAUAAACGAAGUGUGUUGUUCUGUAGAGUACCUUUGAGUUUUCUUCUCUUCUUCUUCUUCUUCUUCUUCUUCUUCCCAUCGUUCUGCCAUAGCUUUCCAAUCUGAUGAUGAAAAAUCAAAUUGCAGGAGUUUAUCUGGAGAUGGACGCGAGCAGGAUGGCAACCAAAGAACCCAAAUAUGAAUGUCUGCUCUUUGACCUGGAUGAUACUCUUUACCCAUUAAGCUCAGGUAUCAACUUGGCCUGCCGGAAAAACAUACAAGAUUUCAUGUUGCAUCAGCUGCAAAUUGAUGAAACUGAUGUCCCAAGAAUGUGUCUGGAACUCUAUAAAGAACAUGGGACAACAAUGGCCGGUCUCAAGGUUCUGGGAUAUGAAUUUGACAAUGAUGAGUUCCAUGCUUGUGUUCAUGGAACAUUGCCUUACCACAAACUGAAGCCUGAUCCUGUGUUGAGGAACCUCCUGCUUUCCAUGCCCCAGAGGAAAAUUAUCUUCACUAAUUCUGAUGAGGCACACACUGCUGAGGCUCUCAAGAGGUUGGGACUGGAAGACUGCUUUGAUGGCUUCAUUUGCUUUGAAACCCUUAACCCUUCUCCUCUUCUCGCUGCUACUGCUGAAGCUAAACCUCACAGCUCCACUACACGAAUACUCUGCAAGCCGUCUGUGGAAGCCAUCGAAGCUGCUAUCAAAAUUGCAGAUGUUGAUCCACAAAAAACAAUUUUCUUUGAUGACAGUACGAGAAAUAUAGCAAGUGGGAAACUAGCUGGACUUCAUACAGUUAUUGUGGGAAGCUCAGUGCUGGUGCAAGGAGCAGAUUAUGCAUUGAGUAGUAUCCACAACAUCAGAGAAGCUAUACCUGAAAUCUGGGCAGAUGAAACACAACAGCAAGAGCAAGUCAUCCAGUCCACUUCGGUCGAGACCCUGGUCCUGGCUUAGAAUUCCCUGCUGCCAUUCUUCAAGCCAAACACAGAUGCAAAUCCUGCUGCUGUUAUUUUAAGAUAGUGACAAAUAGAAUAAAAAAAAUGGAUGCCA